UCUUAAUAAUGCUGGGGCAUUACCGCCGUCUGGUGUAGAGGAUUUGACCGCACGUAUCCGACAUAGGAUUUUUCACUUGUGACCGUUUGGAAACAUGGGCGAUCCCUCUGAGUCAUGUUACAAUGGCGACAUAUCCAGGAUUAAUGGCCAUAGUCUCCACGGAAACACAAACGUCAAGACGACAAACUCUUUGGCGAAUCAGAUCGCUGUCGAGACAGAACAACUGUUAAGGUCAGUGCUCGACCUGGUCAUCCCAUUUCUCAACAAGGCCGACAACGAACGACAAUCCCAUCGCGACAACCAGGCCAUUUCGCCUUCCAGUCUAGUCGACGCCAAAUCUCCCCAAGAACUCACUGAAAUUCUCCGCCAGAAUGGCACACUGACACUGCCUGACCAAGGGACUUCACAAGACGGCCUCGUACAGAGUCUGAAGUCCCUCCUGGCAUAUAGCGUCAACACAUCGGCGCCAGGAUUUCUUGAUAAACUCUAUGGAGCACCACUGCCACCGGGGAUAGCAGCAGAAUUGAUUCUAGGUGUCCUGAACACCAAUCUGCAUGUCUACCAGGUCUCGCCAGUGCUGACGUUGAUGGAGACGCACGUCACACGGGCACUCGCCGCGCUCUUUGGUUUCACAGGUCCCCGUGCCGGCGGUAUCAACGUUCAAGGCGGCUCUGCCAGUAACACAACUUCGAUUGUGAUUGCAAGAAACACUCUAUUUCCCAGGACCAAGGCCUAUGGCAACAGUGUGGACGGCUUGGACCUGGUCCUCUUCACGAGCGAGCACGGUCAUUAUAGCAUCACAAAAGCGGCCCAACAGUGUGGGUUUGGCAGUGAUGCUGUCAUUAGUAUCCCAGUGGACGAGGUCACUGGUAGGAUAGUGCCUACGAAGUUCGAGGAGUUGAUUGUGCAACAGAAGCAAUUAGGCAAGACCCCAUUCUAUGUCAACGCCACAGCAGGCACGACAGUGCUCGGCAGUUUCGACCCCUUCGAUCAGAUAGUUCAGAUCGCAAGGAAAUAUGGCAUUUGGGUCCACGUCGAUGGUGCGUGGGGCGGUAGUGUUGUCUUCUCCAAGACGCUUCGAGAUCAGAAGCUGAGAGGGAUUGAAGGGGCAGACAGUAUUGCCACCAAUCCCCAUAAAAUGCUCGGUGUUCCGGUAACUUGCAGUUUUCUUCUGUUGUCAGAUUUGAGAAAAGCAGAACGGGCUUGCACCCUGAGAGCAGGUUAUCUGUUCCACGAUGUGGACGACAGCGAGCCUGAAGACGAGGAGGUCAAUGCUGAGGCUCAUUCAUGGGAUAAUGACGAUGAAGAAUGGGUUCAGCCCGUCGAUCUGGCCGACCUGACACUCCAAUGCGGUCGAAGAGGAGACAGUCUCAAGUUCUUCCUCAGCUGGCAGUAUUAUGGCACUUUGGGCUAUGCCUCCAAGGUUGAGACGGCAUAUUCAGUCGCCUCGCAUAUGGCGAACCUGGUGUCCCAAAGAGAAAACCUUGUGCUCGUCAGUGAGAACCCACCACCAUGUCUGCAGGUAUGCUUCUACUAUGCUCCUGGUGGGAAAUUUCUGCACCAGCUACCCAUAGACCGGGUUGCCACGGAAGAGGACAGGGCACGGAUCGGGAAGAAGAACUCGGUUGUUACUUCUCGUAUCACCAAAGCGUUGAUCUCGAGAGGCUACAUGACCGACUUUGCUCCGGCGCUUGGUCAUGAGGUGGAAAAGGGGGCAUUCUUCAGGGUUGUGGUCAAUAUCAGUACCAUCAAGGAGACAGUGGAGCGUCUGGUCACCGAGGUUGAAGAUAUUGGGAGCACUGUUGUCAAGGACUUGAAGCAACGGCGUGGAUGAGCAAAUGAUGACCAGAAGUCAUAGAGAUCAUGCUUGAGGGUAGGUGGAUUAUACAUGAUAGACCACUUUACGCUUGAGCUCCAGGAUUUGGACUUGCCAGGCGUCGAGAAAACUGGUCAGGGUACUCAACGUACUCAACGUACUCAAUGGUGGAAGAAGAUCAGGGCUGCGUUCCAUGACUUGUGUGGAUGUAGGUGGCCAACGAGCAUCGUGCGACACGUGAUGUCUGCUUUCUUGGUAUUUUUCCUGUGUCUCCAUCAACACCACAUC